AUGUCUCCCAAGCGAAGCAUCAUCGUAACCGGCGGCGCCUCAGGUAUUGGCCUAGGGAUCACACGCCAAUUCGCCCCGCAGCCAAACACCCACAUCACAAUCUUCGACAUCAACGCCACAACAGGCGCGACCGUGCUCGAGCAGCUGCGCUCCGAGUUCCCCUCAUCCAGCUUCAGCUUUGAGCGCGUCGACGUGUCCAGCUGGGAGAGUCAAGCUGCGGCUUUCGAGAACGUUAUCGCGCAUCAAGGUCGUGUGGACGUUGUAUUUGCGAAUGCGGGGAUCACGGAGAGGGGGUCCCUCCUGCCGGAGAAGGAUGGGAAGCUGACGAAGCCGGAGCUUGCGACGAUUGAUGUCAACUUCGUGGGUGUUUUGUAUAGCGUCAAACUUGCGCUCCAUUAUAUCUCCAAGAACGAAGCCGUCCAUGGCUCAAAGGGGAGCGUUAUCUGCACUGCCUCGAAUGCAGGCUUAUAUCCCUUCCCCAUGGCGCCGUUAUACUCGGCCACGAAGCACGCUGUUGUCGGACUGGUAAGAUCACUUGCGAGGCCGCUGGAGAGGGAGCAGAUCCAGAUCAACGGGUUCGCGCCGGCAGUUAUUGAAACAAACAUUGCACCGAGCUCAGAUUUGUUCAAGACGAUGAUUCUGACUCCCAUGUCGACCGCUCAACGGGCUGCUGAGCAGUUUGUGAGUGACCCUUCGCUUACGGGCAAGAUUGCGGAGUUACACGGCGAGCAUGUGACCUUUGCCGAGCCCCCUGCGUAUGUGGACGAGGACACGGGCAAGAAUAUCGAGAACUUCUGGUCUCUUGGGUAUGCCUAG